GAAAAGGAACACCCCACCUGUGCCUGUCAAUACCACCCACUUCUAUAAAAUCUGGCUAGAUUGUGUACUUCCACCGCCAGAACCAAGAAAGCUGCGCCCCUGGGCUGGUGCCUUUCCGCUGGAUCCGAGACUGGACAUAGGGAAGGAGAUGUCCCCGGGAGCCACCCGACCACAUUGUGGAAGCAAAGCGACUACUCUGCACUAGAAGAAAUACUUUAGAAGCCGGGGUACCUCUCCUCACCCGCAGAGAUGACUGCUAACUCCUAAUUAGACCACCUCCCUGAGAGGCACUGCUUGGCCAGCGUUCGGUAAGACGUUUAAGUCACAGAGUCGAAGCCAAGGAUCCAGUCUAGUGGGGAAGGGCCGCAGGGAAACGUGCCGCGGGGUCGAGGCUGCACUGACCCGAGUGGGCUGUCGAGGGCGUGGUGUAGAAGCCGGGGAGCGCUGACACUUGCUCUGGGGACCUCUUGCAGCCAGGGGGGGAUCUACCCCACUUCCCGGCCGUUGAGAGUCCUGUGCCACUCACGUGCGCUAGGAACUCAUCAGGGAGGACGAGCCUUGAGUCUGGGAGAUGUCCCGGGACGCCCAGGGCGACAGCUGCAUUGUCCAGGCCCAGCCCAAGGCCUCUUCUCUCUUGAGGCCAGCCUGGUAUCCUCUGCUCUCGGGGACUUCGCAGGGGUCCGCCAAGCCCCUGCUCCUGCUCCUGGAGCUGCUACAGGAUCCGGGUCCUGAGACAGGUGCGAUUCUCUUUGGAAGCCACAGGGAAAAGAGACUGUCCUUGCGGUCUCAGUGCCCCAGGACUACUCUUGGCUCCUCAAUGCAGAGCUUCGCGAGCAGGAAGAUAACAGACGCUUCCCCAGUUCUCUGCAGCAGACACCCCUCGAUCCUGGGUCUGGAGUCUUGCCCGUGGGCCCAGCGAAAGACCUUGAGGCGUGGGAGGCCUCUAGGAAGCCGGUCUCUGCAAGCGGACGUUGCAGAGCCUGAGGGCCGCUGCGCAAGGGUGCGGUGCCUGGAACUUGGAGCUAGCCCAUCAGCACAGUUCCACUGGGAUCUUCCACCCCAUCUCCAGAUAAAGACCAGGCUGUCCUUGCCUAGAAGAUAGGUUCAAUGCCUCCUGCAGCCAGCUCCAGUGCUCUUUGAAUCCAAGUUCUUGAGUCCCUAUUAACUGCUUAAGCCAAAGACUCAGGAACUGCUGGUCAAACCCCUUGGCCUCCAAAUACUUGAGAAGCUUCUUUCUCAGCCAGGGGGUCACAGCGAGAAGAAAGCCGGAUCCCAGCGACCUUAUAUUAAGAUUAAAGACAUUUUAGAAAACA